CACUACGGCCACCCAGACCACACACCGCUCUUCACUUCACACCUCUCAUCGGAUCCCUGCGACCGGGCGAGCCACAUUGCGCCGUUGCGCAGGGAGGAGCCUUUUUGCGGUGGCUGCUGCGUGAGUGAGAGGAGCUUGCUCAUGGGUUCGCUGCCCUCGCUCGCCACCGCGGCAGCGGCGGUGCUUCUGUCCAUCCUCCUCGCCGCCGGCCACUGCGGCGCCGCCGACUUCAACGCCACCGACGAGUUCGCCGGCAACGGCGUCGACUUCAACUCCAGCGACGCGGCCGUCUACUGGGGCCCCUGGACCAAGGCCAGGGCCACCUGGUACGGCCAGCCCAACGGCGCCGGCCCCGACGACAACGGCGGCGCGUGUGGGUUCAAGCACACCAACCAGUACCCGUUCAUGUCGAUGACCUCCUGCGGCAACCAGCCAUUGUUCAAGGACGGCAAGGGGUGCGGCUCUUGCUACAAGAUCAGAUGCACCAAAGACCCGUCGUGCUCCGGCAGGACGGAGACGGUGAUCAUCACCGACAUGAACUACUACCCGGUGGCCCCCUUCCACUUCGAUCUCAGCGGCACGGCGUUCGGCAGGCUCGCCAAGCCGGGCCUCAACGACAAGCUCCGCCACUCCGGCAUCAUCGACAUCGAGUUCACCAGGGUGCCAUGCGAGUUCCCGGGGCUCAAGAUCGGGUUCCACGUGGAGGAGUUCUCGAACCCGGUGUACUUCGCCGUGCUGGUGGAGUACGAGGACGGCGACGGCGACGUGGUGCAGGUGGACCUGAUGGAGUCGAGGACGGCGCACGGGCCGCCGACGGGGACGUGGACGCCGAUGAGGGAGUCGUGGGGCUCCAUCUGGAGGCUGGACACCAACCACCGCCUCCAGGCGCCCUUCUCCAUCCGCAUCCGCAACGAGUCCGGCAAGACGCUCGUCGCCAAGAACGUCAUCCCGGCCAACUGGAGGCCCAACACCUUCUACCGCUCCUUCGUCCAGUACAGCUGAGCCGCCGCCGCACGCCGGCGAUCGCCGCCGGCCACCCUGCUGCUGCUAGCAAUACUACUACUGCUGUGAUGAUGACUAGUAGUCGUUCGUUGUAAUUGGUCUUCCUGCGUUGUUGGUGUCGGUUUUGGUGUUGGGGGAUUUGCAGAAACCGGGCGAGCGGAAAGAAAAGCAGUGUGGGAAAAUGGAGGAGGAAGGCGUACAAGGCUACGCUCUCCCGCCCACUGUCGCUUUUAUAAUUUAUCAUUUUCAAAUGGUGAUCGAUAUGAUGAUUAAUCAAAAGUAUAUUGCUACUUAA